AGACGCGAGGUCUUCUGUAUUCUGGCCAACCUUGGUGUUGCAGCUGCUCUCUGGGCCUCAGUUUGCUUGAACUAAAUGUAAGGGGGCCAACUUAGGUGAACUUUGGGAAUCCAGCCAACCUGACUUUAGGGAGAGUAUGGAGCCAGGGAUGGCAUUGUGAAUCCGGAGGGCCGACACCAGAACCUGCAACGUGGCAUCUGCUACCUUACUUCCCCCGGAAAAGCGCCAGCGGCGGCGCCUAGGCGCGCGGUGCAAUGUGGGCCAGUAAAAGGCGCGGCUGGCCCUGCCGCUUACACCGCCCACGUGGCCAGCGCCACCUGCCUCAUUGUGCCCAGGAGUUCUCCAAACCCGCGCUGCGGAGUCCUUCCUCGGGAGGCGGGGAAGGAAGUCCACCCUGCGCGUGAUCCUUUAUGCCCGGCCCCUGCCCCUCCCUCCGGGUGGAGCUUCCCCCUCACCGCCAGACUUAAGCUGAGGACCGUCGGAUCUCUGGCGGGGUGCAGAACUGAGCCCAGGCCACACUACCCUAUUCACGCUCUGUGCUUGUGCCAAGGGGGCAAUGGCGGCUUCCUGUGUUCUCCUGCACACUGGGCAGAAGAUGCCUCUGAUUGGUCUGGGUACCUGGAAGAGUGAGCCUGGUCAGGUAAAAGCAGCUGUUAAGUAUGCCCUUAGUGUAGGCUACCGCCACAUUGAUUGUGCUGCUAUCUACGGCAAUGAGCCUGAGAUUGGGGAGGCCCUGAAGGAGGACGUGGGACCAGGCAAGGCGGUGCCUCGGGAGGAGCUGUUUGUGACAUCCAAGCUGUGGAACACCAAGCACCACCCCGAGGAUGUGGAGCCUGCCCUCCAGAAGACUCUGGCUGACCUCCAGCUGGAGUAUCUGGACCUGUACCUGAUGCACUGGCCUUAUGCCUUUGAGCGGGGAGACAACCCCUUCCCCAAGAAUGCUGAUGGGACUAUAUGCUACGACUCCACCCACUACAAGGAGACUUGGAAGGCUCUGGAGGCACUGGUGGCUAAGGGGCUGGUGCGGGCGCUGGGCCUGUCCAACUUCAACAGUCGGCAGAUUGAUGACAUACUCAGUGUGGCCUCCGUGCGUCCAGCUGUCUUGCAGGUGGAAUGCCACCCAUACUUGGCUCAAAAUGAGCUAAUUGCCCACUGCCAAGCACGUGGCCUGGCGGUAACUGCUUAUAGCCCUUUGGGCUCCUCUGAUCGUGCAUGGCGUGAUCCUGAUGAGCCUGUCCUGCUGGAGGAACCAGUAGUCCUGGCAUUGGCUGAAAAGUAUGGUGGAUCUCCAGCUCAGAUCUUGCUCAGAUGGCAGGUCCAGCGGAAAGUGAUCUGCAUCCCCAAAAGUAUCACUCCUUCUCGAAUCCUUCAGAAUAUCAAGGUGUUUGACUUCACCUUUAGCCCAGAAGAGAUGAAGCAGCUAAAUGCCCUGAACAAAAAUUGGCGAUAUAUUGUGCCUAUGCUUACGGUGGAUGGGAAGAGAGUCCCAAGGGAUGCAGGGCAUCCUCUGUACCCCUUUAAUGACCCGUACUGAGACCACAGCUUCUUGGCCUCCCUUCCAGCUCUCCAGCUAAUAAGGUCCUGCCACAACGGAAAGAGGGAGUUAAUAAAGCCAUUGGAGCAUCCA